GCUGACUCGGUGUUACUACUACUACUUGGUACGGUCACCAUGUCCAAAGCCCUUUAGCUCCCAUCUACACCGCGUCUCUUCAGGACAGGCAGCUCAGAGUCAUCCACAUCAGCCCAGGCGCUCUUUCUCAUCGACAUUCAUCGUGGUACAGCCUGGACAUCUUCCCCGUUCAAACAUAAUCUCCAGCCACAAGCUCUCCCACCAGUUCUACGGAGUGUACAAUGAAUGCCAUUAUGAGCAGAAUUUUGCCCUUCAAAAGGACAUCAUUUCUCCGUGGACUAACGACAUCCAGCCCUCCUCCCCCACGCACCGAACUCCCUGGCACCACACCUUCCCACCUCUCCUAUAUCUUCAUCCACACCCCACAACCACCCAGCCAAUACCCCUCCAAAUACAGCACUCCCGUCCAACGUGCUCUUCAAGUCAGAGCUACAAAAUGGGGUGGCUCUGUUGGGUUCUCGUGGUCGCCCGAUCAACCUGCUAUACCUGCACUGCCAUCUGAGUCCAGCAUAGACUCUACGACUGCCUCACCUUCGAGCGAACAGGAGUACUACCUCACCGCGUUCUCCUCGCGUGGUCGGCUGGUUAUACCUAGUGUAUCGACGUCGAACGUCGAGGAGGUGGAGAGCAGGUUGAGAGAGCAUGCGCAGCCAUUGCCUUCAGCUGCUCAUGGUCACGGUGUGCAGCCAGAGACGUCUGAAUCCCAGGAUGUGUACAUCUACGUGUGCACACAUGGGGCUCGCGAUUGUCGAUGCGGCGAUACGGGAGGUGCAGUUGCCAGUGCACUGCGUGAACAAGUGUCAAGGAUCGAUGGAGGAAGGCAUAUAAAGGUUGCGGAAGUGGGUCAUGUCGGAGGUCACAAAUAUGCUGCCAAUGUUCUCAUAUAUCCACACGGAGAAUGGCUGGGGCUUGUGCAGCCGGAAGAUGUGCCAAGUAUAGUCGAUACUGUACUUGCAGUACCUUUGCGACCACUUACCGCUGACGACGCACCUCUAUUUCCUUCACAUUGGCGAGGCAGGAUGGGACUUUCGAAAGGGGAACAAGUAGACCUCUUUGCAUCUUACCAUAGCAGCACGCCGUAGUCUGUCUGUGUAGCAUCUAGGACUAGACAUUUCACGACAACACAAUCAUGAUCACUUGUCAGGAUCAGACACCAUU